UCGCAGUUCGUGCGCUCGUGGGCCCGUAUGAUGCUACGCUUUCCGUGGUGAUGGUGCCCAGCGAUGGCCCUGUCCGUGUGGUGAUAAUUAGCGAACGCGUUCCAGUCAUCUCUGCGGCUCCGGCAAGGCUUACUUUGCCCCGUGCGCUCUCGUCCUACUGCGACGGCGGUGGUGGCGGCUCGCCGAUGCUCGCUAAGCCUAACUGUAGCCUGCAGUGGUGCUCCUGAUCGACCCCGGCUCACCAGACCGCCCGUUCAAUGAUACAGCUUAUCUGAAGACUCAUCCUCACGACUCGCGCGCGAUCACUGUGCCGCAACGCUAAGAACCACGUUUGAUGCUGGUGCCGUAGCGCAAGUUUUAGAGCGCCUGUGUGACACUCCCAGCAGCUGUGUUGUGGUGACUAGGACGUGAUCGAUUUCGUCUGCCCAAACGCUGUCUAGCGGAAACGCCGGCGCAUCGACGAGCGCGCGUGCGUGUGGUGUGUUGGCUGAAGUUCCCUCGCGGAAAUUUUUUUUUCUCGGUCACCUAUCUGCCUUGACUGCGCCCCCGUGGCGUGACGUACACGACAGGAGACAUGGCCGGGAGCUUUGAUCCGUACGAUAAGAACAGCUGGUUCUUCGGGCCCAUGUCGCGACAAGAGGCGUCAGACCUCCUGAUGGCCGAAAAUGAAGUGGGUGUCUUCUUGGUGCGCAAUAGUACAACCAUAGCGGGUGACCUGGUGCUGUGUGUCCGGGAAGAGAACAAGGUGAGCCACUACAUAGUGAACCGGGUGACACAGUUGGAGCAGACACGGUUCCGCAUUGGUGACCAGAUGUUCCCCGACAUACCGUCACUGCUCAAUUUUUACAAGCUGCACUACCUGGACACGACACCACUCGUAAGGCCGGCUGCAAAAAAGGUUGAGAGAGUGAAAGCCAAAUACGACUUUGAAGGGAGUGGGGACGCCGAUGACCUGCCCUUCAGAAAGGGUGAGGUGCUGACUGUUAUCUCGAAGGACGAAGACCAGUGGUGGACCGCAAGAAACAGUCUUGGCCACACGGGGUCCAUUCCUGUGCCAUAUGUCGAAAAGAUCGACGACUGCCAGCUGCCUAAUGACGGGCAUGGGUGGAACGGACCUGCAUCACCCCCGCAAUUGGGAUCACCACCCGUGGCACCACCUGCUGCCCGGACCACGCCUGGCGCUGGCGACCCCAUCAAGUACAACACCCCAUCUAAUGUGCAGAGGAAGCUGCCUGCCAGGGCCAGGGUGAAACAAGCUCGGGUCCCUAACGCCUACGACAAGACAGCCCUGAAGUUGGAGGUUGGCGACAUCAUCACCGUGACCAAGACCAACAUCAAUGGCCAGUGGGAAGGAGAGCUCAAAGGUCGUGUAGGACACUUUCCGUUCACGCACGUCGAGUUCAUCGACUCUGAGAACCCGGACGAUGAUGAAUCAUAGGCACAACCUUGCUGGUGGCGCCCCGGGGAAGAGAGCUUUUUUAUCCUCACUGCAACCCUUGCCCCCUUGCCGACCUUCCUCUGCACGCCCGCUGCACCACUUUCUCCGCGUGGCUCCACCAUCGUUGGCAAUGGCAGUUUUUGCUUUGGAGUGCAGCGUGACCCUGCGUGGCACCACCUGCCGUGGAUCCGAGAAUUGUGGUGUGUGCCAGCCGUGCUUCGGCUGUCUGGAGGCUGCUGGGUACUGUGUCAAUGAGCUGCCUCAGGAGCCUGGCCUUGUUGAUGAGUUCUCUGUCACCGUGUAAAGAAGGAAAGAGAGCCAUGACUGUGUGUAUGCAGUGUGUGCCUAGGGCAUGUGUGGAUUGAAUUGCUUUUUUUACGUCUGUGUGAUGUGUUGAAUAGAGCAGGUCAGAGCAUUGUCUGGGAAGCCAAAGUACGUAUGAAAUGGGUGUGUCGAAACCUCAAUCUGGCAGGGACGUUGGCGAAAUGUGGUGAGUUUGUUUCCGCCCUGACUGAGGGUAAGGAAAUUAACUACAAGUUGUGGGAAACUGCAACGACUUAUGGGAAGUUCUCACUGAGAACGGGCAUUUUCUUUGCCUGUGUGUCGGCGUGCUACUUGGUGACAUUUGCUUUUCUCACAACACUGGAAGCGCCAGGAGCAUCGGCUCAUUCACAUUGUGUGCAGGAAAGCUUUUCAUCGCGACUACAGCAGCUCCUCUGUGAUAUAGACUGAAGGUGAGAGAGCUGUAGUUAGGAUGUAGUAUGGCUUUACAAACUGUAAAGCCGAUGGAAAAUUGUAGCUUAUAUGGACAGGGUUCGUUAGUGCUCCUAUAAAGUGUUUUUUUUUAAAACCUUCUCGAAUAUCAAUGGAUCAUUUUUCAGGGCUUGGAAAGCCCUUGAACUUAUUGGAGUUCUUCAACAGAAAUCCAUGAAUUUCACACUUAAGUUGAGCAGAUGUUGUUUGUACAUCUUUGGUUUCGUGCCAUUCAAAGGUCAAGCCAGUACAGUCUUGUUAUCAGCUUUGUGAUGGUUGGCAGUGGUUUACUUCUAAACUAUUUUUAAUUUCUUAAAUGGAAGAGCUUUAUUCUCGUUGCUACCCUAAAACUUGCGCUCUCUUAAACAUGAAAAUGCACAGUCCACGCUGUUUAUUGACGACAGCCCACACUUGUUUUUAUGCUAGCCUCAAAUCGCGAUGCCCAAUGCCUCGCUAGGAACCGAGGCAUACUGUCAGCAGCCAUUCUUGGUCAGUAGCUGUCAUGAUUUGCUGCCCAGUGCCAGGACGUGGGUUCAGCCUUUACCUUGACGGCCAUGCAUUGUAAGUCAGCCAUUGCCGGUCAGUAAGUUGCAGCUCACAUCAAGGACUUCGCCGCGCACAAACAAAUGAGGAGACGUGCUGCCUCACGUUUUUCUGUGAAGCCAUGGCUUUUCUAGACGAGUGUCGCUUGAAUGGGUAGGGCGAGAAAUUGCAGUAGAAAGGACUCCUGUGUUUGCUGUCGCAUCGUGAAUAGUGAUGUGUGAAAUUGUCUUCGCACUGAAAAUCGCCUGCAUCACAUUUUCCCUAAUGUUAGGCAUGCCAUUUUCUCAGCAACUCGUCUCCCAGGUCAUUCUUCGUAAUUUGUAUCGUGCUGUCAAGGACACCACCACCCCGACAAUUAAAUGCAAAUUCGCUAUGGUGUUAGUAAAAGUUUAUUUGGCAAAAGUUCAUAAUACAAGUACAGCUGUCAGGAGCACGGACCAAAGGCACAGAAUAGACUUGAUGCUGUUUAUAUCUCCUAAACAUUGGCAACAUGGUGAUAGCACCAUUUAUAUAAUAACUACAUUGCACAAAGUACAUCAUGCAAGAAAAUGGGACAUGGCAAACAAUUUAAGAUAUCUAUUUAGAAAAAAAUAGCAACCUGCAGUGCAUACCUGGCCACUUUAACGAUUCUCUUAAAAUGCCCGAUGUUUAGUAUUUGUUUAUGAUAUUUGUGUUCACAUAAAUAGUUCACGAUUUUUCAUUUGUGCUUUAGUGCAAAAUCAGUUUCAAAAAAGACAAAUACAGUCGCUGAAUUAAUUUGCAUGGCCCAUUUUUAGGGCCUGUCAAUUACACGGACAAACUUGCACGACAGCGAAAUUAACUGAACCAAUGUAUAACAACAAUUGAAUCGUCGACAGCCGUUACAUGAAUUUUAUUAAUAAACAUUAUGAUAACCAAUUCUGCUUGUCUACGGCGCAGACCGUUGUUGGUGCAUAUAUAUAACCCAGUCCCUGUUCACAGCACCCCUACAGAACCAAAUCGGCAAACCUUUCAUAAGCAGUCAGCAUAUCGAAUAUUCAAAGAAUAUUUUGAAUCUUUCACCAUAUUUUAGUAUUGGCUUCCAUGUUUUCAAAUUUUCAGGUUGCCAGGUCAGAUAAUGCGUUUGUGAGUCAGGAAUGUGCAAUGUUUCUUGGUGAUGUGUUGUAUCUUUUCCGUGUUUAGUGAGACAAGCCACUGUCUCAAGAAACCUAGAUUUUUACCGUGCUAGCAAUUAUGUGGACACUUGUUCCACCGUUGUGCUGUCAUGUUAUUCAUGGCAUACGUGUUGCCCCAUGUGUCGGAAAGUUUUCAGAGAUGCGUGCUUUGUUUGAUCACAAAAAUGAUAAGGCAAUCUCCCCUCCAUGCAUGCUUCCCUUGAAGCAUGCUCCCCUCCAUUGUAUUGGUAGCGGGAACAGGGUCGCAUUGUGGGUCGUGAUAAUGUGAAACUGUUCAGCUCUGAGUUUAUUACAAAUGCACCAUUAGCCCAUCAUGAUUGGUUGAAAUUUUUCCGGUUAUGCCCAUUUUGCCUGUCUUUCAAGCAACAGCAGGCAAAAUGGGCAUGGUUCAAAAAAGUUUCACCUCACUGUGGUCUAAUGGUAGAUUUGGAAUAAAUGCGGAGUGGAAUAGUUUUACGUUAUCGCGACAUUGGCUUCUGCUGUGUUCAUACCACACCAUCGUGCGUGCACUGGUCUGAGUGGAAAGGACAGUGAAUGCCAAGGUCAAAUUGUGUAAUCAUUUUACUGAGCACUGACAAACGCAGAUGGUUUUACAUUGGCCUCAUCUCGUACGCCGUAGAGUUGCGGCGUCUCUAACGUGGCUGCCGGCAUUCCUCAUCGCAUUAGUGUGGUGAGACGCUUGGUAUUUGCCAGACUGCUGUAUCUGCUGCGAAGUAGCAGUUGCCUCAUACGUUCUGCCAACAGGCUGCCUCCGUGUGUCGCUAGGACAGCAUCUGAGUGACGGACCUUGUUGUCGCUGUCAAUGUGUUGCACUUUUAUCCUUUUUUUACCUUCUUUGGCAAUACUAUUAAAUCCUAAACAUCAGGUACCUAAUGGUCAUCAUCAGAUGCUGUGGUAAAAAUUGUAAACCGACUAGCCCAGCAUUGCAAAAUCCCAGGUCAUUCCUGACAAUGGCCUUCUACCUUUCCACAGGUUGUUUUCCUUGUCGAAUAUUCCCACUGCAGUGGCACUGUUUAACGUCACUAGUAAACCCUUGCAUACACUUGGCUACUUCCUUGCAAAAUAAAGUCACUGUGCUCAUUGCUGUCCCCGCUCUUAUCGCCCGCUAUCUUAUUUUCAACUCUAUAGCCACCUGUAACAAAGUAAUCCUUGUGCUUUCGUUUUUCCAUUUGUAAUGGAGUCACCAGCCAUAGGCAUUGCCAGAACCUUUGUGCAUAUUGUUCAGAUUUAGGUGGCUGUUAUUUCCGAACUAUCUGAUCACAUUUCUUGCUUCCACGUGGUUACGAAACAGUACCACAUCUGCUCUGAAUAAAAGAAAGUUGUCAAAUAUGGCCAGAGCUGCAGAUUAUAUACCUGCGCAGUUGCUCGCCUGUUUUGGCUCACCCGUCUUUCAAAUUUGAUGAGUCACUUUGGAGGUCGGACGUUGUUUCUGUGCUGACUGGGCGUUUGUGUCUGAAAGACGCUGGCAGUGGAUCGCACUUGUGUUCUCAUCUCGGUUAGUUUUCAGCUUUCGAGGUAAUAAGAACAGUUGCAACUAGGUGCAGCUGCUUAAUUAUUUAACCUGGUUAUCUCUUGCUUUUAGUCGAAUGAAGGUUCCUAUAAUUAGCCUGUCUUGCUGUUAUGGGGUCAACAUUGGUGACAAGGUCGACACUUUCGAGCAGCAGUAUUUAAGAAACACCCUUCUAUUAACUCAGGCUUGCUUGUUCUUAUUAACAGGUUCUCUGGCCACUUACUGCAGUGGCUAUGACGCUCUGCUACGAUAUUGUGGGUUUGAUUCUCCGCACAGUAGCCGCAUUGUACUGGGGGUGGUAUGCCAAAAAUUCGCAGUUCCAUCCGAAAGGUGAAGCACCGAUUGCGAUAGGAAAUUAGUAGAUGGCUGUACGAAGUAAGGAUGGUAGUUUUAUCGACCGUACAAACUUGUUAACAUUCGCUUACUAACUAAAUUAACAAUGAUAGAGUGUGUAAGCGUGACUCAACAAGGACGUAGAAAGAAACAGGCACACAGAGACAGCGCUGUCUUUGUGUCUCCUUCUUCCUCCAUCCUUGUUCACUUGCACUUACGCAUUCAGAUUCAGAUUUAGGUGGCUGUUAUUUCCGAACUAUCUGAUCACAUUUCUUGCUUCCACGUGGUUACGAAACAGUACCACAUCUGCUCUGAAUAAAAGAAAGUUGUCAAAUAUGGCCAGAGCUGCAGAUUAUAUACCUGCGCAGUUGCUCGCCUGUUUUGGCUCACCCGUCUUUCAAAUUUGAUGAGUCACUUUGGAGGUCGGACGUUGUUUCUGUGCUGACUGGGCGUUUGUGUCUGAAAGACGCUGGCAGUGGAUCGCACUUGUGUUCUCAUCUCGGUUAGUUUUCAGCUUUCGAGGUAAUAAGAACAGUUGCAACUAGGUGCAGCUGCUUAAUUAUUUAACCUGGUUAUCUCUUGCUUUUAGUCGAAUGAAGGUUCCUAUAAUUAGCCUGUCUUGCUGUUAUGGGGUCAACAUUGGUGACAAGGUCGACACUUUCGAGCAGCAGUAUUUAAGAAACACCCUUCUAUUAACUCAGGCUUGCUUGUUCUUAUUAACAGGUUCUCUGGCCACUUACUGCAGUGGCUAUGACGCUCUGCUACGAUAUUGUGGGUUUGAUUCUCCGCACAGUAGCCGCAUUGUACUGGGGGUGGUAUGCCAAAAAUUCGCAGUUCCAUCCGAAAGGUGAAGCACCGAUUGCGAUAGGAAAUUAGUAGAUGGCUGUACGAAGUAAGGAUGGUAGUUUUAUCGACCGUACAAACUUGUUAACAUUCGCUUACUAACUAAAUUAACAAUGAUAGAGUGUGUAAGCGUGACUCAACAAGGACGUAGAAAGAAACAGGCACACAGAGACAGCGCUGUCUUUGUGUCUCCUUCUUCCUCCAUCCUUGUUCACUUGCACUUACGCAUUCUAUCAUGCAUUCAAACCAACCAGCCCGCCAAAGUGUUUUAACUAUGUUAACCAGCAUGGUGUCACGUGCGCACAGGUAAACACGAACACAUCUCGCUGUCAAAAUUCUGGAGUGAGGAAUCGCGGCAGCAGCAAAUGAAAUGACCUUCAUGCAUCUCUCACUUCAACGUGAACGAAAUGUCGAAAGCACAGUGCAUACGAAGCUAUCGGCACUACUCACACUCUGCAAACAUCGCAGAUCGCUUUGAAGAUAAGGCCCGCGCGGGCGCACACUUUGGUCAGUUUGCAGAUUGCUUUCAAGACACACGAGCACCGGCAACGCAUCCCUACGGCAUCCAUCAAAGGCGUCUACUACAGCAUCCACGAUUCACAUGGCCGAUGCCGUAGUAGAUGCCACGGUUGUCUCCACUCUGUACGGAGCAGUGGGGCAGGAGGACAUUGAGGCACCCUAGCAGCCGCCGGAGAAGAAUGUUCCUCCUUUCUUGUCUGACCUCCCUGCCUCGCGCGCCACAGGGGAGGGCACGCAUCCGGGCCGCAUUCCUCGCUUGUGCAUGCUCGUAUUGCUCACGAUAGUACUACUACUCAGUUUCAUACAAUGCAGUCACUGCUACAAUGCUUCUCCAACUGCUCGCACGUACGACCAAAAAUAGUUUGCACAUUUAAUCAAGAUAUAAGUAUGCAUCAUGUAAUUAGCUUAAACACUGUCUCGUACAUUUAUGUUGCAAAAUAUCAUAUUAUUAUUAUGUGGAAGCCGUCGCAGACUCGAACCUGUUUACCACCAAAUGAGGGAGCGACCCGUUUCUGCAACGAAUGGUCGCACUAGUGUUUGCUAACGAAACAGUUUGCCGUAAUCUGUAAGCACAAAGGUGUGCAAAUACUACGUGAUUUUAUGUAACGUUACGUCUGCAGUUGUAGUUGUAUAUGAAGUAAUUCCAUAGAAAGCAUCUAUGAAAUGCAGCAUAAACAUAACUGUAUGUGAAAGAACACUAGACAGUCGAAAUUAAUUUGGAGUCUCCCCCACCACUGUGCCUCUAAAAGCCCAUGUGUUGAUUUGGGAUGUUCAACAUAAUAAUUUUAGUUUUUCAUUUGUGUUCUCUGACCAUGAUGUCUGUGUCAAAAUAUAUCUUCAAGUGAGUGAAGUGAGUUCAAGUGUAUGAAGCAUAAAUCAGUCAAUCUGAAUGUUGGAAUUGAUCACCCAGCCCAAGUUAUAAGGACUUGUAGACAGCACCUUCUGCUUUCUUGUCUGCCUUUCUGAUAUUUUUAGCUCUUUUCAUUGCUGAAAGUGGCAUAGCGGGGCCUCUGCAGUGUCUGCAAUGUCCCAUUUUGUUAAUGAGACAAUGUAAAGUUUUUGCACCCACAAGAUCCAAUUCCUGUUCAGCAACAGCUCUAUCAAUAGACAGUUAAGAAGUGAAAGUCAUGCAGUCGCACUGUACAUGCUGCAUAAACUGACCAUGCUCUGCAAGACAAAAAAAGGGAAUUUUUUUUAGUUGGAUUUUAGAAAAGUGCAAAAACAUUACUUCUGUCUUUCACAAUUUUUGCUACUAUAGUUUUCUUAUCUGCACUUGCAUCCCUUUAAAAAUUCCCACAUGUAUGUAGACAUAAAUGGCUGUGGAAGGUGUUGCAAACCUUUUGUUGCAUCACAGGAAUAGCCUUCCAUUUUUUUUUUUUUUUUUGCAUGUGUGGUGGUGGUGUUGCUUAUUUUGCAAUACCUACACUGGUUCAUGCAAUAGCAUGUUGCACGGCUAUCUUUUAAGAAUAAGUUUUGAUAGCUACAAGAAUCACAUGUGUGAUUGCAGCUUGUGCAAUUUCCCUUUCCGACAUACAUGACAGGAAAACACCUUUGCUUCGCUCAUUUGACAACACUGUUUGUUAGAGCUUGUGAAUUUUUAGUAUUUCUUGUUGGCACUUUUCUUUGUUUCUUUUUAAAAAUUUUUGUUUUUCCUAAUGUUUGGAUUAAUGUCAUUUGUCGUGAGCUACAUGUUCUCUUCGGGCAUCUAGCUGGGGUUGCAUUUUCAAACUUGUGGACUGUCACUUCUGUAGUUUUGUAAACUCUAACACAAACAUCUAUCUCUAGAAAAUAUUAGGGAGUUUGACGGGAGUCUGAUGGAAAACCAAGUAAACUUUUUCGAAAAUGGUGGGCAACGUCAUAGCUUAAGAGAAGUCGUAAUUUUGUGCUUUUUAUCAGUGAUUUCUUUCUUUUUUUUUUAAGCGUUGAGAAAAGGCUGGACAAUUGUACAGGUGUGAUGUGCAGCCAAGAUUUACAGGUUUGAGUUCACUAUGCAGGCUAACAUGGAUGCAACUACUGUACUUGUAGUCAAGUGAGGCAUUGGAUAAUUUGCACGCUGGGCCUGUUCAUUCCUUCAUCAAGCCUUCUAGUACUGUGCUGAUUGCUGUGAGGGAGCCAAGUGAUGUAAAUAUUUGUAACUAACAGUUGGCAUGUGCUGUCUAGAAAAGGGCCAAAAUAGUGUAACAUGCAAGCACAUCAAGAUCUGGGCUGUUUGCUCAUGGGGCACAUGAUUAGAAUGUAGGUCACGCCAUUGUUUUGAGUGUAGGCACUUGUCCACAUAAAAAAAAAAUGGUCUGCAAAGGUUCACUGUAUCUGAGGCAGAUGAUAUUAUUUUCGUCUUUGUUUUCUGUUGCUUCAAUUCACCAAAUUUGAAUUACUGAAGCAUUCACUCUGUAAAUGUGCUUUUGUGUACAGCCUUUGUCGGAAGUUCUGAGGCCAAUUUGUGAGUGCCAGGAAACGCCACCAGUUGACCUGAUACUAGGACCCUGUAGCAUUUUUGGCAGUUUGAAGCCUCAAAAAUUGAAGAGCAUUUUUUUCUUGGUCUCUAGCUUUGGAGCCACAAAAGUUAUGCCAGGUCCCUAACGCAUCCCUCCAACUGGUCAGGUCCCACGUGUGUAACUUUUAAACUUUUGAUAGAGACAGCAUACUGCUUUGCACACGUUCCAGCAGCAUGUUUUGCAGGUCUUGUAAACGGCGCAUGUUCUUUGCAAGGCAUGUCGUGCUUCGUAUGCCUGCUUUGUUUUCUGCUUUGGAAAUAGAUAGCAAGUUGUGCGAAUUGGCUAAGGUUCAUCAUACUGGUAACACAGCGUAAAAGCAAACAAGGACAAAAGAAAGAAAAACACAACACUGCGCUUUCUUCUCUGUGUGCGUGUUUUCCUCAUUUCAGUAACGUAGAUUCCAAGUAAUUAACAUGUGGUUUCACAUUUUACACAUCUGUGUGCUCUAUCAUUAUAUCUAAAUGCUUUUUCUUGAACAUGUUACGAUAUCAUUUUAAUCCAAUGAGUAAUUGUUGAUCUCCUCACGCUCUGCUUUAGCUGCUCUAGUGAAUUCUCCAAUAGUACUGCUUGCUUUAAGCACAGGAUAUGCGAGGUCCAAUAUUGGUUGAUUGGGCACUUUAUUUUCUUAAAAUUUCAAAAGGGAGCCCUGCUCAGCCUCAGUGCUUCUGCCACAAAAAUCACUUUUCCAUCAUCUCUCUUGGUUUAUUCACAAGUUAUCAGCACAACACGCUUGGCACUUCAUUAUCAAAUGCAGCGUCCUGAAGGCCUGCCUAGCUGUUUCCCACGCCUGGUGUUGUGAAUCGCCCAGGUUUCCUUCACCUCUCUUACACCGUGCGAAACGGUCAACCACAAGCCCCGUGGGAGGUGCCAGUGCAUAUCAAAGUCUUGGGAGUGUCACACAUAGUGGGUAUGUGAAGUCGCAUCAUUAUUUAAUGUGCGUCCCACAUCGUGGAGUAAGUUUCAGCCUGUUCUCGGUGCUUACAUUGUGGGUUGCAAGGAUGGUUGUGAAGUGGUGUGCUUGUGUAAAUUUACACUUUUGUAGACUCGUACUUGCUCAGAAGCAUUGGUGACUUGUCUUCUAUGGCCAUGAAAGUGUGGUAUGUCGACAGGUUUAGUAAACAAUUGCAAAUUUCAGACUGUCUGAUUGCUAGUUUGGUGCAGUUGUAUAGGCACUCACUUGGUGCAGGAACACAUGCAAUGUAUGUUCAUUGUGUUCAGAUUUGUGCAAAAUGCCAUGGAAUGACUCUGUAAUGGAACAUUUUACAUUUUCUUAUCAUGACUGCCUGCCAUCCUCUUGGUCUGUGGAUGUGUUAAAUGCACAAUGUACUUUGCAGUGUGUCCUGUUGACAGUUGUGCUGAUUGCUGCUUUAGGUUUCAUCGAUGAGGAUUCAUUCUGCUUGGUAUGUAGGCAUUACUUGUUAAUAACUACAGCAGAUUGAAGCUUUCCUGGGAACCCUGAUUUGAGACAGAAAUGGUGAAAGACCUUGGAGACAUUAUCAAAAGUUUCUAUAUAUAUUGGAAAAGACAAGUCGCAAUUGUCUGAAAGUGAUCUGCUGAACCGAGAUGAAGUAAUAACAUCUCAAUACCAAUAUCAAAACCACCUGUGUCCUUUCUUUUUUGCUUGGGCAUGUUUGAAAUUUUUACAUUCUUUUGCUCCUGCCACUAUUUGAGAAGUUUGAGGGCUAUUUUGCAAGCAGCUGUUGAGCCCAUGGCUGUGCAUGGCUUCAGGGAACGAUCCUUCAGUUGUUACAGACAAUAUGAUUGUAUGGACGUUUUCGUAUUUGCGUUUGGGGACGUUUGUCUCGUUGGACCUAUCUGUCCGAAAUGCUGCUUGCACUUUGUAAUGUUACAGGGCUGUUGGGUAUCAUUUCGCAGUGCCAUUUGGCUGAUAUUCUCUACUUUUCAAAGAGUGUGUCAGACAAUGCAUGCAUCUAUAGUCUUGUGGGACAAUGCCAUGACCUGGAAUUUCUGCUGGGUGCUACAGUGAUUUUUUUUCUCUCACCAGUGCUAGCUCAUGGUAGGUCCUAAAAACACUGCCCAGUUCUGUGUGAUUGCAACUAUGCUCCUGUGCAGAAAACGCGCCUGGCUAGUGCAUUCUUCCCGCUGUCGGCAGUCUGUGCUUGAACAAGGGUGUGCUCAUGGAAGUCCUUUGGUAAUUGACCCUGUCUUAGUAUGGUGCUGCGCUGACACCAAACCGCAUUCUCUGUUGUGCGUGUCCGUGGACGUGUGUGUUUUGUAACCAGGGCUUGCACAGAAAAAGGCCACCCAUGGUAAAUCCUGUGUAUGAUAGAUGCUGCGACGUUGGUUGUGGUCGGUGGGAAAUGGUGCCUGCUUUCGUAUUGUGCUGUUGUAUGUGUGAUCUUAAAUCCCCUACUCUACAUGGUAGCCUUUGUCUGCAAAAAAAGAAAAAAAAGGAAUGGUUUCCUUGUAUCAGUGAUGGCUCUUGGAAUGGUCACACAGGCAACAUGCAAAAAAAAAAAGAAGACAGAAAUGUCGCAGCGCCAUUUUCUAGUCGCUACUCUCGCUUAAUCGCAGUUGUGACUUAACCUAUCGUAGUCUGCAGCAGUGAGUACUUCAUGCCACAGGUCGAUACAGUAGUAUUCACUUGCUUCCUUCCAUUCAGAUGGUGGGGCAAGCAAUACUUUGACGUGCUGGAGAGAAAGCAGAUCAGGAUGUGACUGCUAAUACUGCUCGUUGUUUAUUUGACUCAUUCCUUGCAUGUCUUGCGUGUCUAACCUGCUAGCUGCCCUCUUGUUGGUGCAGCGUACUUGUGCCAGAAACAUUUCCAGCAGCUGUGUUAGUCAUCGCAAGUCAUAGUUUCAGCACACAGCCGUAGACGAUCAGUGGAGCUAGUGUUCUCGGGCGGUUUCAGAGUGCUUGAGUCGCCAUUAAAUAGUGUUCCCGUGGCGACAGAUCUUCAGUUCCCCUUGGUCCUUGUAGUUUAUAGCGGUGUUUUGGUGCGUUAACCUAUGACUUGGGUCUCCCAAGUUUUUCUGCAGGCUGCUGCUACUGUGCUGGCCUAGCAUUGCUAAGGGACAUCGUCUGAGAGCAAAAACGAGAGCGCGAAAAAAUGUGCACACUUCACAACUUGAAACUCAAUUUUUUUCUCACUAGUUUCCUAGCAGCUCGGGAGGCAAUGUCCUUCAGAGUUGCCGUUGUAAGGCUAAAUUUGGCUGCCCAUUUUGAUUGCACAAGCUUUGCUUGUCAUGCAGGACAGUCUGCACGCAGAGCCUGCAUGGGAGCAGCAUGUAUUGAAGCACCAAAAAUCCAUGUGAUGUGGGCCUCAGCACCUGCAAGUUACCGCUUGCAUGUGCACACUUUGUGCUGGUGCUUGUGGAGCUGAUAGCCAGUGCCAGCGUUAGUGCUGCAUGCCAGAUUAGUACUGCCCCAGAUUAAUAUUGCCAUAAUUUUGGGCACUGGAAGGGGCACACUAUAGCCAAGCAUUAAAUGAGGCAAGGCAUUGCGCAUGAUCUUGUAGUGUCCCUUUAAUGCACACGCUCCUCCUUGCACCAGCUGUCAUGGACAAUGUAAGCAGCACAGGCACAUUUCCCACUGCAGAAGCACGUCAACUUAGCACUGUGGCCUAUAGCAACUGCAGAAUCUUUUCAUAGAACAAUGGUUCCAAAGCAGCAGUACCCAUUGUCUAAUACCUGUGUUACACACUCACUUUUGAUCAAGACCAUGCCCGAUACAGAUCAAGUGCUGAUGCAUGGUCACUUUCAAUAUCAAUCAAGUUUCUAUAUUGCAUCGUCGGCUGACAUCUGCUCUUUUAGCUUGGCAUUCUAGAAAAUGCUAAAAACAAAGUAAGGAUAGUAUAUACUUCUUUUCAGAAAAAGAUCUAUCUUAUAAUACAAAUUUUACAGCACAUUAGACAAAUUUCACAAGUGCUUUGGGCUGCAUUAUCAACACCUGGUGCUCUUUAACUCUUCCAAAUUCGAUCUGUAUUGUUGGACCACGCAAUGCCAGUCAUUGUCAAUUUUGAUCGAGAAAUUUGAUCCGGGGCGGGCCAAAUCGCAAUCAAGUUACUGUGUGACACCGGUAUAGGCCACGAACGUAUAUACAAGAAGUCUGAAAGAAGACUCAAGGCAUACUGCUUGUGUUUCUGCAUCCUCUAGUGGAACCACAUAUUGCCCUGGCUUUCCACUGUAUGCUGCCUCUUACUGAGCGCACUUUUUUUAUAUGGCUGUGAUGAAAAGCCUUUGGGCACAAGCAUUGACCUGGGGUGUGUUCCAAUUAGUUACAGCAAACACAGCUGUCUGUUGUGAUGUUGAGAAGCAGCUGCGUAUCUGAGUGCAAAAACAGCUUGACAUUGAAGCCAAAAGUUGGACGAAAUGUCGUCUGAUCGGGAAGGAUCAUGGCAAAAAAAAAAAAAAAAAAACAGAUGUCAUCCAAGGUGAAAAAAUAUUUAAUGAACAGAUUGUGAACAAGGUCCCUGUGCGGGGGCCAAAAUGCCGUUUAAAAUAUUUUUUCACUUUGUUUGGCAUCUGUUGUUUUUUGCCAGAUCUUGACUUUACAUGCACACUAGUGUAAAAUUUUUUUUGCAGUUACUAGAAGUAAGCGUACUUCUAGUAACUCUUGACCAAGAACCCACAGAAAUAAACAGUACCGAUGUCUCGCCUGUUCUACUCUCAGCAGUGAUGCUGCUUAAGCUAUGUUGCAGCAGAUAGAAGGUCACAGACUGCUUGAUUACUCACCCAUGCCAUCCUGAUACCUGCGUUUUCCCAAAACUGCAUGGUGGCUUUCGCCUAAAUAGCACCUGUCCAUUGAAUCGCUCAUCUGUGUCUGCUUGUUGGACAGCUGAGUAGCCUGCAUUGCUGCAGACUUUUAUACCUUUUUCGUUGUCUAUGGCAACUGUCUAGCAUAGACUACAAAGUAGCUGCAUUGUUGCAGGGUUUUCUACUGUCUACAUUUAGGUUGGAAGAGCACACAAUAUAUGCUAGCUGUCUCCCAGAUGUGACAAAGUGGCUGCCUAUGUCAAGUAUUGGAACACACCCAUGGUCGUAAUCCUUUCCUCAUCUUCGGUGUAUGGAAGCAGUCUCUAGGCAUAUGUGCAUGUGUGUGUGUUUUCGGCACCAUCUCCAGCAUUCUGACCCCACACACCUCCGACCUUAAAAAUGACAAGAGCGUUUCCUGCACGGAUAACAGAUAUACAGUAAGCGUUUCCCUAAUUACUUUUUACAAGUGGCACCCCCUCCCGCUCUCCCAGGAAAUGUGGAGUGCCCUGGGUGCUGUGUUAGCGAUGAAGCAGUGUUUGCGUCUGUGUUGUCUUUGUUGAGAUGAAUUUCAUAUGGACUUGCUCUGUAGAAGCCUUCUGCAUGAGCGUUUCUUUUUUUCUUUCAGAUUUUACUUUUUUUUUGUCUUUCUUGGAAGAUGACGGGUGUGAAAUGUUUUGUACAAGUCUUUAUUGCGCAUGGCUGUAUGUUCCUGCUUUGCACAGAUGAAAGUGACAUUUGCUUUUUUUCUUUGUUGUUGUUUUUAGUGUUUGUUCUUGUGCAUAGAAUUUGCUUUGUAUUCACUUACUUGAACAAAGUGCUCCAGUCUUA